CGCCGCAGCCAAUAGAAUGCAAACGAGGCCGAACUCAAAAGAAACGGUUAGCCGGACCUAAGGUGAAAGGUUGACGGGUAGCAAGCGGACCGAGAUGGGGACAGAAAAGUGGGGUGCAGGGCAUGAUGGGAAACUGCGGAUAGGCUCAGGCGGAGCAUGAUGGGAAAGGGAGGGGCCUCUAUUUGAAAGGCGCAGGGCAUGAUGGGAAAUGCUAAAGGAAGAACUAUAUUCCGGUAGUGCUGCAUGGCAGGCAGAGGUUCAAUAGGUGCAGCUCUCCCUUCUAUGGCAAUAAAGAACCCUCGUUGGCCGCUCUUCCUCCAAGAACUGUGUUGACAAGCAGCAGCCCAACAUGUCCAAGUCUCCCCUCCAUGGAGAGGCAGUGAUGCUGGAUUUCUGCCCUGCACGUAUCUCUUGAAAAGGAGCCCUGCCAGGAGAAGAGACGGCAGCCCUAUACUGAGCGGCGUGGAAAACGGGAAGGCGUCGGAGCAAAGGAAGGGCAGAGGUCUCCUUGGACGUGCCUGAGCCCUCGGCGGUCGCCAUGGUGGUGGAAGUGUGCAACUUCUUUGGGGUCUACCUUCUGUACUGCACCAAUCCUCGAUACCAUGGCCGAGUCUACGUUGGCUUCACUGUCAAUCCCGAGCGACGCAUCAAUCAGCACAACGGCGGGAAGCGACGUGGUGGGGCUUGGAAGACGAGCGGCCGUGGUCCUUGGGACAUGGUGCUGAUCAUCCACGGUUUCCCUUCUGAUGUGGCUGCUCUGCGGUUUGAGUGGGCUUGGCAGCAUCCGCACUCCUCCCGCCGCCUCACUCACGUGACCCGCCGCACUUCGCGGGAGCGCCAGUUUGACUUCCACCUGCGUGUCUUAGCCCACAUGCUCCAAACUGCUCCUUGGUGCCGUCUGCCCCUCACCAUCCGCUGGCUCAAGCAGGAAUAUUGCAGGGACUUCCCUGCAGGCCUGGAACCUCCGCUACACAUGCCAGUGGCUUUUGGGCAGGUCCGAGCUGUCAAGACCAAGGGGGUGAAGGCUCCAGAGGUGAAUGUGGCUACUCCAAAACGCUGCAGCAUCUGUCUGAAAAAAUUCCAGGAUGGUGACAAUGACAUCCCCUUGCGCUGCUUCCACCCUGGCUGCACCAUGGCUGCUCACAUGACUUGUUUGUCUCGGGCUUUCCUAGCGAAAGAGCCGCUUCACUUCCUGCCAAUCGAAGGGCAGUGCCCGGGCUGCAAGAACCUUGUGCUCUGGGGGACCUGGUUCGUCACCAUAAAGGCUGUUACGGCAACCUAGAAGCUGAUCCCUCCUCCUCCCAGGAGCAUUGGACUAAUGAGCUGCAGCUGUGAAGGAGGAGUCCAGUGCUUUUGAAAAAGCUGUCCAUGGCUGACCUCUCAUCCUUUAGGGCAGCGGAAGAGUGCCCAGGAAUUCUGACACUUUGUGUGACCCUUCUGAAAAUCCCAGCAUGCCCUCUUCCUCUGCCCUGAAUCAGCUCCUGUGUUUGCUUCUUCAGCGGCUGGAUCUGGGCUCUUUUAAGCUUCCAGCCCCAGAAUCAUGCAACUAACAAGUGAAAUAAUUAAUUUUCUUAAGUGAAAUGAUUAAAUAAAAGGACUGAAGGAUUCA